AUGAGAUCACAUUUUGUAAAAAAAUUUAUAAUGAAUCUUAUAUUCAUAUAAUAUUGCUUUGGUCAAACAUGUUAAAAGUCUUAAAUAUUUGACGCUCUAUCACAAGCUUGCCUUAGUUGUUCAUCAGUAUGCGAAAAUUGCUUUAAUUUAAGCCAGUAAUCAUGCAUUAGUUGCUUAAAAAAUUCAUACAUGACUUAUGAUGAUAUAUCUACUUGUAAAAAUUAAUGUUAAAAAAAUGAAGUUAUUGACAGCGAAGGCAAAAAAUGCAUUAAAUGUAAGGUCAAUGGAUGCGUUUAAUGUACCUCUUAAUAAAUUUGUCUGUUGUGUGAUGAGAAUUUAGUGCUUGAUAAAAAUAAUAAUCAGUGUAAUACUAAAAAAGGGAUUUGCGAAUCUGAUUUAUAAUUUCUUAACCCACCUUUCGAAAGUAGAAAAUGCACGAAUACCUGUCUAUCAUCUUAUUUUUAGAAUUAUAGUAACUAAAUUUGUGAAUAAACUUAGCAAUGUCCAUAAAUUCAGUAAUUGUCUAGUUCUGUUAUGUAAACAUUUGUAAAUGAUAUUGGAAUAAUUAAAGAUAAUCAAUACAUAAUUAUAAGUGGCGGAUCUUGCAGCUUCGCUAUUGUGGAUCAAAACUGGAAUAUAAUAACUAAAUAAACUUUACAAGAGAUAAACACGUUUGGAUUCUUUCGAAGAUAAGAUGAGACCUAAAUAUAGUAUUUUUUAUCAGGAGUUUAUGGUGGAUACCUUCAGGGAUAAAGGUUUAAUGUUAUGAAUUUCGAGACUCUACAAAUAGAAUUUGAUGAAUAGAAUUUGGAAUAAUAGCUUACAAUUUUUUAUGUAGAUGAUGAUUAUAAACUCGUUUUCAUGGCAAAUAGUUAAGCAUCCUCUUUAAUAUGGUAUGACAUAUUAAACAAAAAAAUUAAUAGUAUUUAACUAUAGAUCAGCUAUUAUACUUUAUUAAAAGUAUUAAAUAGAUAUUAUAUUCAGUCUAGAGAUGUUAAUUAACUAUUUGUAGGAACACUUUAAUAAGACUUUUCUAUAUCACUUAAAUUGUCAAAAUAAUGUUUUAGUGUAAUUCCUGAUAAAAUACUGUUGUAAAAAUAAAACUAUAUUAUAUCUUCCACACUUCUAUAUGUUAGCAAUUCUAAUAUGUUCUAUAAAUUAACAUUUCAAUAAGAUGGAGAACUUAAAGACUAGACACUAAUUUUAUAAAUAGACUAUUUUUCUAAUUACAUAUUUUCUUGCUAAUCUCUUAAUUUGGUAGUAUAAUAUGAUUAGACAAGCCAAAAUUUAAUCUUAAUAUAAUUUAAUGACAAUUAUGAUGGAG